GAAAUGACUGUCAGCCUCAGUGCAGGCUGUGUGCUGGUCUUGCUGUACCUUUUACCGGCCUGGGGUCUUCGUUUCCAGGAGUACCUUUAUUUCCAAGUCUUGAGCCCGGGGGACAUCAGAUAUAUCUUUACUGCUACCCCAGCUAAAGAUUUUGGGGGGGCUUUUAAUCAGAGAUAUGACCAGAUCCACUUGGUUCCAGCAGAUCCUCUUGAAGCCUGUGGGGAUCUAAAUAAUGGCGCCUUCAUCCAAGGUCAGAUUGCGCUGGUGGAGCGAGGAGGUUGUUCCUUUUUAUCGAAGACUCUGGUGAUUCAGGAACAUGGAGGUCGGGCAGUUAUCAUUGCAGAUAAUGCCGCAGACAAUGACAGUUUCUAUGUGGAAAUGAUACAAGACAACACCGGGAGGACAGCUGAUAUCCCAGCCCUGUUCCUGCUGGGAAGAGAUGGAUACAUGAUCCAGCGUUCCUUGGAGCAGCACGGACUCCCCUGGGCAAUCAUCUCCAUCCCUGUAAAUGUUACUAGUAUUUCCACAUUUGAACUCAAACAGCCGCCCUGGACAUUUUGGUAGACACUGCUCGUUACUGAAUGCCACACCCCAUAUGUGUGAAGUCCUGACGGCACCUCUGGUUGUGAAGAGCUACUAAAUAUUUAUAUGAUCUUGUACAUUGGAAGAGACAGUGUACUCACUUUCUUUUCUAUAAUGUAUCCCUUUUUAAAAUGAUUAAUGUGCUAAUUAAACAAACAUUCUGAAGACUUGUCCCUCACCAAUAAUAUAGCUAUGGAAGUUGUCCCUGUCAGCCAGGUAGCAUUAAUACAGUAGUAUCAGCUGUGCACAAGCAUAUAUUUCUUACUGGUUCCAUUUCAAAUGUUAACUUUCUUUGUUAAAAGCAGCUUAGAAAAGUGCUAAAUAAAACUGAUCUGUUAGGUUGUCUGAUAUUGCAGCCUGGGGACACUGCAGGUCCUGUUGCACUUAGCACUGUUAACUAGGUCAGCCAUUUGGUUUAGUGGUUGGGGAGGGGUUAUAACUUAUAUAGACUCUGCUGUAUAUGGAUAUUCUGCCAUGUUACCUGCCUGAAAAACUAACUGGAAAUGUCAGACAGGAUUUUGUUUCUGCUGGUGCAAUAAGUAUUUUGUGUCUUUGCUGCACACCAAGAUCUCAGUGAUAAUGUUUGCUGCUGACCCACAAUCAUUACUGUAUUCUGAGUAACUACAUACUGUAUAAUCGUGCUGGGCAGUAGUUCUCAUGUCUCCCUAGCAGGUCACUUAUAUAUUCCCUACUUGUUGCAAGUGUCAUCACAAUGGCUGAGCUAUUAACCCUAAAAAGAAACUUUUUAAAAUGUAAUUCCAUUUAAAAAAAAAAACAUUGUUGUUAAUAUAUACAAUGCACUUUAUGUAUUUUACCUGCUUUUCCUUAGUAAGCAACUAAAAUUGUAUAUUCCCCACUGCAUACAGAUGGCCUGGUGUGAUCCCUGCAUACUUCAGAUCACUGACCCUGCUACAUGCUAUACAGGGAUAGCUUGAUCAGUGCAGGUCCUCAUGUAUAUCUGCCCCUAAUUGGCCACAGCAGAGGAAGGAAAAUAAACAUAUUUAAGUGGCAUUUCAGGGGUUAUUGAAAAACAAUGCCAUAACAAUGUUUAUAAAACAUGUAUUUUGUAUGCAGGUCUCCUGACAUGUGGUGGCUAAUUACUUAUAUAUGCUAUGCAUAAAUAUAUUACAAUGAUUUUAACACCCCUCCCCCCCCUGAACAGUUAGGGCCUGUAGAGUACUGGAGUUGAGAUACAAUGAUGAGUGUAGCUGCCCCUUGACAGGCCAGAAUUCCUGCUGAUCAUCAACUAUCUAAUGAACCAUAACGCUGCGUAACCAUUCGGAAGCAAGUAUUUAUAUGCACAGAUGUGUACAGAAAUGCGGGGCCAUUUAUUAUUAUUAUCAGGUAUUUAUUGAAAAAAGCCAGUGCUUUACUUAUGGACAUUAGCAAUAUUAUAUAUAGUAGACGCGCAUUCAGCAGUUUCGUUCCCUACCAAAUGCAGAAAGUGGUGGCCACUUGUGGCAUUCGUCUCUUUUCAGAACCAGAUUUCUUCUUGUGAAAGGGCAACACACUAGAUCUGGAUUUGCACAAAUCUUACUGUGUUGCACUUUAAAGGGACAGUCUAGUCAAAAAUAAAGGCACACUUAAGUCAAAAUUAAACUUUCAUGAUGCACAGUAGCAAUUUUAAACAACUUUCCAAUUCACUUCCAUUAACAAAAUGUGCACAGUCUUUUUAUAUUUACACUUUUUUUUUAGUCAGCAGCUCCUACUGCGCAUGUGCAAGAAUUCACAGAAUAUACGUAUAUGCAUUUGUGAUUGGCUCAUGGCUGUCACAUGAUACAGGGGAGUGGAAAUAGACAUUAAAAACAAAUCUACUACUCAUUUAAAGUUCAGACUAAGUGCUAUUGCAUUGUCUAUAUUAUUAUGCAAAUCUACUGUAUUUACUGUGGUUCUUUUAACCCCUUAAGGACAAGGCCAUUUUUCAAUUUCUUUCCCUUAAGGACCAGGGCUAUUUUUACAUUUCUGCGGUGUUUGUGUUUAGCUGUAAUUUUCCUCUUACUCAUUUACUGUACCCACACAUAUUAUAUACCGUUUUUGUCGCCAUUAAAUGGACUUUCUAAAGAUACUAUUAUUUUCAUCAUAUCUUAUAAUUUCUAUAAAAUAAUUAUAAAAUAUGAGGAAAAAAUGGAAAAAAACACACUUUUUCUAACUUUGACCCCCAAAAUCUGUUACACAUCUACAACCACCAAAAAACACCCAUGCUAAAUAGUUUAAAAAUGUUGUCCUGAGUUUAGAAAUACCCAAUGUUUACAUCUUCUUUGCUUUUUUUGUAAGUUAUAGGGCAAUAAGUACAAGUAGCACUUUUCUAUUUCCAAACCACUUUUUUUCAAAAUUAGCGCUAGUUACAUUGGGACACUGAUAUCUUUCAGGAAUCCCUGAAUAUCCCUUGACAUGUAUAUAUAUUUUUUUUAGAAGACACCCCAAAGUAUUGAUCUAGGCCCAUUUUGGUAUAUAUCAUGCCACCGUUUCACCGCCAAAUGAGAUCAAAUAAAAAAAAUUGUUCGCUUUUUCACAAUUUUUUUCACAAACUUUAGGUUUCUCACUGAAAUUAUUUGCAAACAACUUGUGCAAUUAUGGCAUAAAUGGUUGUGAACGCUUCUCUGGGAUCCCCUUUGUUCAGAAAUAGCAGACAUAUAUGGCUUUGGCGUUGCUUUUUGGUAAUUAGAAGGCCACUAAAUGCCACUGCGCACCACACGUGAAUUAUGCCCAGCAGUGAUGGGGUUAAUUAGGGAGCAUGUAGGGAGCUUCUAGGGUUAAUUUUAGCUUUAGUAAAGUGUAGCAGACAACCCCAAGUAUUGAUCUAGGCCCAUCUUGGUGUAUUUCAUGCCACCAUUUCACCGCCAAAUGCGAUCAAAUGAAAAAAAAACGUUACAUUUUUCACAAUUUUAGGUUUCUCACUAAAAUUAUUUAAAAACACCUUGUGCAAUUAUGGCACAAAUGGUUGUAAAAGCUUCUCUGGGAUCCCCUUUGUUCAGAAAUAGCAGACAUAUAUGGUUUUGGCGUUGCUUUUUGGUAAUUAGAAGGCCGCUAAAUAUUGCUGCGCAUCACACGUGAAUUAUGUCUAGCAGUGAAGGGGUUAAUUAGGUAGCUUGUAGGGAGCUUGCAGGGUUAAUUUUAGUUUUAAUGUAGAGAUCAGCCUCCCACCUGACACAUCCCACCCCCUGAUCCCUCCCAAACAGCUCUCUUCCCUCCCCCACCCCACAAUUGUCCCCGUCAUCUUAAGUAAUGGCAGAAAGUCUGCCAGUACUAAAAUAAAAGGUAUUUAAAAAAAAAUAUUUUUUUAAGCAUAUUUACAUAUGCUGAUGUGUAGGAUCCCCCCUUAGCCCCCAACCUCCCUGAUCCCCCCCAAACAGCUCUCUAUCCCUCCCCCUCUACCUUAUUGGUAGCCAUCUUGGGUACUGGCAGCUGUCUGCCAGUAUCCAGUUUACAAAAAAACCCAGCUUUUUUAUAUAUAUAUAUAUAUUUUUUUUUCUGUAGUGUAGCUUCCCCCCAGCCAAAGAGCAACCCCCCACCCCCUCCCAGAUCCCUUAGAUGCCUUUUUGAAAUUAUUUUGUUCCUCACUCUAUUUCACUUUUUUUUUUACAUUUCUGUAGUGUAGCCGUACGCGCCCGCCUCUGUGCGCGCUCCCGACGGUCACGCCCGCGAUCCCGCCCCCCUCCACGUCAUAGCACACAUCGAUGGCCGCCCACCCGCCUCCUACUGCAGCUCCCACCUACAAACGAUACCGGCCAUCGAUGUCCGGUGCAGAGAGGGACACAGAGUGGCUCUCUCUGCAUCGGAUGGCCAAGGGGUGUUAUUGCAGGAUGCCUCGAUAUCGAGGCAUCACUGCAAUAACCGGAAAGCGGCUGGAAGCGAGCAGGAUCGCUUCCAGCCGCUUUAAACCCCUAAUGUCGUAUAGGGUACGUCGCUGGUCUUGUAAGACCAGGUUGUGUGCGACGUACCCUGUACGACAUGCGUCGUUAAGGGGUUAAGCUUUCAUGAUUCAGAUAGGGCAUGUCAUGUUAAAAUACUUUCCAAUUUACUUUUAUUAUCAAAUUUGCUUUGUUCUUUUGGUAUUCUUAGUUGAAAGCUAAACCUAGGUAAGCUCAUAUGCUAAUUUCUAAGCCUUUGAAGGCCGCCUUUUAUCUCAGUGCAUUUUAACAGUUUUUCACAGCUAGACGGCGCUAGUUUAUAUGGGCCAUACAGAUAGCAUCGUGCUCACUCCUGUGGAGUUAUUUAUGAGUCAGCACUGAUUGCCUGAAAUGCAAGCCUGUCAAAAGAACUGAGAUAAGGAGGCAGUCUGCAGAGGCUUAGAUACAAGAUAAUCACAGAGGUAAAAGGUAUAUUAAUAUAACUGUGUUGGUUAUGCAAAACUGGGGAAUGGGAAAUAAAGGGAUUAUCUAUCUUUUUAAACAAUAACAAUUCUGGAGUAGACUGUCCCUUUAAGAAGAAAUAAAUCUUGGGAAAUAGCUGAAUGCUGUCAGCAGCCACCUUGUUCCACAUUCAGCAGUGAACAAAACUACCGCUUGCACAUGUCUAGUACAAAGCUUCCCAAUCCAAAAGACGGGGGAAACCUAGCACAAAGCUUCUAUUAUAGGAAAGGGCAAUAUUUUUGAUCAAAGGGAAAACUUUCUCUAUUUUUUGUAAAGUAAGAAUUUUUUUUCCCCUUUCUCCCUAUAACUUAGAUGAAAAAUCUGUAAUUUGUAAUACUGAAAACACAAUUGUUAUUGCUGCCUUUUGCUAUAUAUUUGUAUAUUGUAUGAUACAUUUUUGCUGCCUAAAAAAUAAGGUUUCAUCAAUGUGUGUAUUUCUAAUAAAGCAGGUUAUUAAAA